UCCUCGCCGGGCUGGUAUCUUCUACCUGCGCGGCCCAUUGAAAGUAUCACCAGGAGGGAGGACGUCCUCGAGGUAUUCUCGCCAUUGAUUUUGCCACGGCAGGCGUUGGCACAUACACUACACCAGAAGAGCCCCAGGCUUGCCACGCGAGCCCGGCAAAGGCGACGAGGACGGCACCACGAUUACGUGAAAGGUAAGACGUGGGUGUGAGCCACUCCUUAGUACCCAUGUGAGGUUCUGGAAAUAGCAGAUACAUCCCUGCUAGAGCUGCACAUGUGUGGGUUGAGCUAGGUAUGGUAUGCAUGUACGGUGCUGUAACUGCUCCGUAGGGUAUCUGAGCCCGUAGCGUCCGGCCCGUACCACUCGGCCAAACCUUCAUGCUCCAACGAAGGUUCCUCUUCUCCCCUUCACGGGUAUCACAAGCUCUAGACAUAAUACCAACUCCAAGCUCGUCGUAAAGGAAAGCCGAAGGCGCAACCAUCGCAAGAACCGCCGAUCGUUCACACCAGACCAGUUCCUCAAGCACACGCAACCAUACGCACACAUACCUACACAAUGGUACAUACCAAGGGACCCGCCCCGCAGCACCACGAUGGCAGUGGCCUGCGCAUCGGCAUCAUCCACGCCCGCUGGAACGACACCAUCAUUGAGCCGUUGCUCGCGGGAACCAAGGCCAAGUUGCUUGAGUGCGGCGUCAAGGAGUCCAACAUUGUGGUCCAGUCGGUUCCUGGUUCGUGGGAGCUUCCAAUUGCUGUCCAACGGCUCUACUCAGCAUCGCAAGUCCAGUCCUCCUCGUCCGGUAUCGGCACCAGCGCCGGCGAUCUCCUGGGCAGCUCGACGACCGACCUCGCCUCUUUGAGCAACACCGCUGCAUCUGCGGUGUCGACAGGCCCCUUCGACGCCCUGAUCGCCAUUGGCGUGCUGAUCAAGGGCGAGACGAUGCACUUCGAGUACAUUGCCGACACGGUGUCGCAGGGCCUGAUGCGCGUGUCGCUCGACACGGGCGUGCCCGUCAUUUUCGGUGUCCUUACCGUGCUCACCGAGGAGCAGGCGCAGGCGAGGGCCGGCCUCAUCCCUGGAAGCCAUAACCAUGGUGAGGACUGGGGUCUUGCUGCUGUUGAGAUGGCUGUCAAGCGCAAGGAUUGGGCUGCCGGCAAAAUUGAGUAACGGUCGAUCAUGUGGGUUGGGACGAGGAUCACGAAGAGGAGACAUAUAACCAAUAUAGAAACGCUUGCAGUUUCAUAAGCUUCACAUCAAGAGAGAAAUAUCAUCUAUGGUGGCGGCCAGUAAAUAUGCAUGGGACCCAUUUCUAGCCUGGUUUGUUCGUACUCCAGACGCGGGGAAAGGGGGGUGACCAAGAGCACUUUGUGACACGACUGAUGCUUCGUGUGAUGAAAACUUUGCACAGUCGAAGGACAGGCAGGUCUCGUCCCAAUGAGAGGAUGCACCGCUUUACUAAGGGCUAGAACUCCAUCCCAGGUUGAGAUGCGCUCGAUGCGCUCGACGACAACGUGGGCGAGGUAUAAAGUAUUC